AUAUAAAUAAAUAUAUAAAAUUAUAAAAAAAAAGGGAAAAUGUCGGCCAUGGCGAUCGCAAACCAUAUCCCCUCCUCCUUGCCCUCUCUGCGAUCCCUCCAUCGCCCUCUCCCCCUCUUCUCCUCUCCCCAAACCCUAACCCUAACCCUAACCCUAGUCCCCUUAAGCGGUAGUACUAGUAGUGGUAGUAGUAGUCGUGGGUGGCGGCGGAGGCGGGGGAGGGAGAGCGGGGAAACGCUAGUGGGGUCGUCGGAGCCGUGGUCGGAAGCGAGGCGGAGGCGACGGGGAAGGAGGUGGGAAACCCUAGCGGCGGCGUCGUCGUCGUCGUCGUCUCCGGCGGAGGAGCUCUCGGCGGCGGAGGAGGAGUGGCUGAGGAAGCUCCCGGACAAGAAGAAGCCGCUGUACUCGCACAGCCUCCCGUGCAUCGAGGCGUGGCUGCGGCACCUAGGGUUCCGGCGGAGCCGCGACGACCGCGCCGUGUGGCUCGCCGAGAACCCCCUCUGGCACGCCCAGCUCUCCCUCGACGUCACCGAUCUAUACAUCAGGUACCUGAAGAGUGGACCUGGAAAUCUGGAGAAAGAUGUGGAGAGAAGGUUCAGCUAUGCAUUGAGCAGAGAGGACAUCGAAAACGCCAUACUCGGAGGGCCGUGAUUUUGGCGACAGAUUAAGCAACGAGUUUAAUUGGUUUAAUCUGUAUCUUGAAGAUUUAAAUCUUGAAGAUAUAAAUAGGAAACUUCUUCUCUUUUUCGUUUUGUCUAUUCCAAUCCAGAAGUGUUUCAUGUGUAAAUUUGUUCCAUGUUGAUGUAAAGUGUUCUCAAUUAGGGAAGGGACUCAUUUUGUAUGACAGAAAUGCUUAAGUAAAAGUGCAAAAUGUAUGGGUAGUCCCUGUACUAUUUUGAUUUUGCGACUCGGUCUCUGUACUCUUUGUUUAAACACUUUAUUCAGCAAACUUUCAUAUAUUAUUGUA